AUGUUCUCUCAAGCUUUCUUCAGACGAACGAGACUCCUUUUACGCUCUUUCCACGUCGCUAAGAAGUUCUCAAACCCUGAGCCAGAAGACAUUCUCUUUAGCGCUCUCUGUUUGAACCUAAGGCAAAGAAGAUGGAACACUCUUCACCAACUCUCCUCAACUCUCACUAACCCUUUGGUAAGCAGAGUCCUUCUCCAGUUUAGAACCUCUCCAAAGCUAGCUCUAGAGUUCCACAACUGGGUUCUAGAGAAUAAUAACAAUGUGGCUAACCUCUCCGAAGCAUCUUUUGUGAUGAUUCAUUUGCUGGUUGAGUCAAGAAAGUUCGAUGAGGCUUUGUUGAUAAUGUUGAGUCUUAUGGAAGGAGGAAAGUUGAGUCCUUUAGAUGUUUUGUCUGGUUUGGUUAGGAGUUUUCAAGUUUGUGGUUCGUGUCCUGAUGUGUUUGAUUCGUUGGUUAGAGCUUGUACGCAGAAGGGUGAUGUUGAGGGAGCUUGGGAUGUGAUUGAGCAGACGAGGGUAGAGGGGUUUAACGUCUCUGUUCACGCGUUGAAUAACUUUAUGGGUUGUUUAGUGAGUUUGAAUGAGAUUGAUUGGUUUUGGGAGGUUUACAAGGAGAUGGAUGGUUUGGGAUACGUUGAGAAUGUGAAUACUUUUAAUCUUGUUAUUUAUUCGUUUUGUAAGGAGUGUAAGUUGGUUGAAGCGUUGUCAGUGUUUUACAGGAUGUUGAAAAGUGGGGUUUGGCCUAAUGUUGUUAGCUUUAAUAUGAUGAUUGAUGGAGCUUGUAAGGUUGGAGAUAUGGUUUUGGCGUUGCAGCUCUUAGGGAAGAUGAGAGUUAUGUCUGGGGGCUUUGUCUCGCCUAAUGCUGUCACGUAUAAUACAGUUGUGAACGGGUUUUGCAAGGUGGGGAGAUUGGAUUUUGCGGAGAGAGUACGUGGUGAGAUGGUUAAGUCAGGUGUUGGUUGUGAUGAGAGAACCUAUGGAGCUUUGGUUGAUGCUUAUGGAAGAGGUGGACGUUCAGAUGAGGCUUUAAGGUUGUGUGAUGAGAUGACGAGUAAAGGACUUGUGGUGAACACUGUUAUCUGUAACUCUAUUGUUUAUUGGCUGUUUAUGGAAGGUGACAUGGAAGGAGCUAUGUUGGUGUUGAGUGAUAUGAUCAGUAAAGAGAUGGAGAUUGACCGGUUUACUCAGGCUAUUGUUAUCAAAGGUCUAUGUAGAAACGGGUAUGCAGAGGAAGCUGUUAAGUUCCAGAGAGGGAUUACAGAGAAGAAACUUGCGGAAGAUGUUGUUUGUUACAACACACUUAUGCACCAUUUUGUAAUUGAGAAGAAGCUGGCUUGUGGGGAUCAGAUUCUAGGGAGUAUGUUGGUUCGUGGUUUGAGUGUUGAUGAAGCUUCGUUUGGUACUUUGAUUGAUGGAUACUUAAAGGAAGGGAAGGUGGAGAAAGCUAUGGAUAUAUAUGAUGGUAUGAUAAAGAUGAAGAAGUUGCCGAAUCUUGUGAUAUACAAUUCGAUUGUGAAUGGAUUAAGCAAGCAAGGAUUGAGUGGUGCUGCUGAAGCAAUGGUGAACGCUAUGGAAAGGAAGGACGCUGUGACUUACAACACGCUGUUGAACGAGUCUCUCAAAAUUGGGAAUGUUGAAGAAGCUGUGAGUAUCUUAUCUAAAAUGCAGAACAAUGAAGGUUGGAAACUGGUUAGCUUGGUGACUUACAACAUCUUGAUCAAUCAUUUGUGCAAGUUUGGUUGUUACGAGAAAGCAAAGGAGGUUUUGAAGAUUAUGUUUGAAAGAGGCGUUGUUCCUGAUUCUAUAACAUAUGGAACUCUGAUUACAUGGUUAAGUAAGAAUCACGGUAGAGAAGAAGUUGUUGAGCUACAUGAUUACAUGGUUCUUAAUGGAGUUAGACCUCAUGAACAGAUUUACAAAUCUAUUGUUAGUCCUCUUCUUGAUGGAAUAAAAGAAAAAGAGCCAUAG